AUGUUCCAUGUAUGCGCUAGCAGCCUAGACGAAGGAGAGGAGGUGAACUUCAGCGGCGGUCUGGUCGAGAUCGCGGCUCUGACUGCUGUGAUCGGGGGCUCGACUGCUGAAUUGAUUGCUCUAGGGAAUCGCGGCGCUUGCGGUUUGCCAUGGGCGGCUUUGAGCUCCUUUGGGUCGAUCUUCAUCGUCAAAGCAUGCAUAUCCGCCUGCACACCAGGAUGGCUUCGAGAUACCGUUGGUGUGAGAACCAGUGGCUCUGAUAAGGCUAUUGGGUGUUGCAUGAGUCUGAGUAGGAAGGCAAACAGUCGCGUAGUCACUGGCAGUGCUGUUGGAGUGACGGCGAAAUGGACCAAGACCAGCGAAGGUUCUACUUUGAUAACCGCUGGGAGAGAAGAUUUCGAAGAUGUUUACGCUUUCGAUGAAUGGACGGCCGGCCCGUUGCGAUCUUGUGCAGUAAUGCAACCUGGGGAGCAUCUACAAGCUCACGUCUACAUGCGAGAUCAUUACUGGGAGAUUGUACAACGCUCACAGACCAGAAACGACUGGAUUAUUACGUUUGCAACCUUGCUGAAGGUCGUAGAGAUGUAUCUGCUCUACCACUUCGGCUCUCGACGCGUCUUCCUGGUUACUGGAGUCAUCUGGGCGUACACCUUCUUCUCGGCGAUCGCGUUGCAGUUGUUUCACGUCGGAAGAGCUACAACACCUGGCGAGCAGUCAAGACAUUUUGAUGUCGUCUCUGGGUCGCUGCCUACACCGCAAGUGAUCGGGGGAGAGCGCAGGAUUCUCCUCGGGGUACCUGUCAACCUUCGCAGAGGUCGCGCGUGGCAGAUAUUCUGGAUUAUAGGCGCCGCCGUUUGCAUUACUUCCCUUCUCGGCACAUACGCCGUUCUUUCGAAUGAGCCGGCCGUUUGUUUCCGGAUCUGGCUUGGUUUCCAGGUCAUCUGGCUUGCGCUUCGAUCGAUCUUCUUUCACUUCGCACAGCAGGUAGACGACAUGAAACACAUCAUUACACCGAACAUAAACGGACGAGAACCGGCCACCCGAGUUAAGUUUGCGGCUACUCGGACUGGCGGUUGGGGUGUCGAAGCACCAGAUCCUGAACCACCCCCGCGGCAUUACUUCGAGCUUCCAACGCGCGCAGAUUCAAGAUCGGAGCUGGGCGUCACUGUGGUCGGCGUCAUUGGUGACACUUUACUCUCAAGUGUCGCAUGGCUCAUGGGCUCGCCUCUGGCCGGGAUGGAUCUUUACGAUUCAUGUAUUUUGGCUGUCCGUGUCUCUGGCGCAAUACAACUGAUACCGUCGUGUCGCGUGCUCUCCGGUCGCAUCGCCGACGAACAAGUCCCGGACCCCGAGACGACGUUGCCUUCCAACUUCCGACCCAAAGGCGCAGCGAACGAGGGUUACAACAUUAGCUGGCGGUACUGGAUACCAUGCGGCGGGAAGAAGUGGUUGUGGUACAGCACACCGUGGGCGACUACCACAAAGGUCGACUUGGGUAUCACGGGUACGAAGAAGAUGACAGUCACGACAGGAGAUGACAUCACCAAAGAGCUCUUGUCCGGGACGUUGCAGAUCAGUAUGAGCGAUGUACAAGCCGUUGAAGAUGCUAUCGCGCAGUCUGCGAGGGCGGGUACAAUUCUGCAAAAUAUGUUAAGAGAAGAUUUCACACGAUUCGAGAAGAGCGCAGAAUCCUUCGUCGAAUAUGGCUCAAUUGCACCUCAAUCACAGCUACAGCAAUCUGCACCCUCAUCAUCGGGCUUGAAGCCGUGGACGAACGAAACCCUGAUCCUAUCGCCAGAUAGCCCACUCGUUACACUCGACUACGGCACUGAGGUAGCCGGCUUCCCGUUCUUCCACGUUUCAGCAAUUUCUGGAACGGUGCAGAUCGAAGUAAAGUACAGCGAAGAAUACCGUGGCGUGGAAGAGCCCUUCUCGGACGGGCCUUGGACAUUCUCGAAUGGACUAUCCAACUCUUUCCGAGUAGAAACUUUCAACGUCACGGAAACGGGAUACAUCGAGAGCUUCUUCGUCCAAGGAGGCCAGCGAUGGCAGACCGCACGGUUGAUUACGAAUGGCUCCGUCACCAUUGAUCAUCUGGGAUUUCGUGCAACAAGCUCAAAAUUGGACGCCGAAAUGCUACCAGGCCGCUUACAGACAUCCGAUAAGAAUUUGAAUCGCGUCUUGGACCUUGGAGGUCGCGUCGCUCAAGUAGCGUGCGUAGAUGCCGGAAAUGCGCCAUCCACGUGGGAGAUCACAAAAGAAGGAGCAUAUAUCCGGGGCCAAACCAGUGCGCAAUCCUCUCUAGGAGUUGACGCAGUCAAUUAUACACUGGAAUUUGACGUAAAGAUCGCCCGCGGCGGCGCAGGCUGGAGAGUAGCAAGUGCAAUGCCGCCACUUGGGCCUUACUUCGUGCUUACAUCCGAAUACCCUGAGCGGAACACGUUCGCAAACACAAACCGGACUCUUUUGCCUCCAAACACACUGGCAUUCACUACUGGAUGGAGUCUAGUAAACCAGAGCACACUACCCGUGCCAGAAGCCCAGUACUUUACUAUCAACACAACCAUUAAGGAGAACAUGUGGUAUCGCGUGCGCACAUCGAUCGAGGAGACUGGAUAUCGGGUGAGCAUAGACGGAACCGAGAUUGCGUUCAUACCUUUACCUCCGCCUGCACCCCCCGGGAACUUUGGCACACCUUCUCGAUACCAGGGCACAUGGGGCUUCGGAGGCAUGCAGGAUCAGAUCGCAUAUCACAAAGACGUAACAGUCACUGCUGGAAACGGCACUACCACAUAUCGCAAUUCCCUAACGAGCGAGGAGACCUUGGCCGAGUAUCAGGUCGCACCUCUGGAACACUCAGUCUGCGUAGAUGGUGCCAAACGGGAUCGGCUAGUCUGGACAGGAGACUUCUACCACACUGUGCGUGUUGUCGCAGCUUCAUCUGCUCGAUUUGACUACCUCUUGGGCACCAUCAUAUACGCGCUGAGCUUUCAGCUUGAUGAUGGCCCGUACGCCGGCUUUACCCAAAUCUCUACGAAUCUUGGAGCCCGCCCCCAGUACAAGGAAGCAAAUAUCGCAAACUACGCUGGGUUGGUGGACUACCAAGACCUAUUCUUGGCAGGAAUCGGCCAAUACUUCCGCUACACCGGAAACCGCGACGGGCUGAAACCUCACUGGGAUCAGAUCAAGAAACUUGCCACUGCGAGAUUGGCUUUCAUUGACCCUACCUCUGGUCUCAUUGGAGGUUCUCCGGAGGUGCCAUCGCCAUUCAGCUUCCUGGGGCCAGCCAACGGUAGUGCAACGACCGGUCUCUUCGCUUACAUGCUUGAGGAGAUCGCGCCACUUGCGCUUGCGAUGGGCGACGAAGAGUCUUCGGCACAAUACUCCCAAAUAGCAAUCAAGCUGCGCGAGGCCCUCAAUCGUGAGCUAUGGAAUGAUCAGCUCGGAACAUACUCACUCUCAACCACCGAUCGAGGCAAUUUCUCCUUGACUGGUAUCGCCUGGGCAAUCCUGUCUGGUGCGGCCAACGACACCCAAGCAGCAUCUUCUAUUGCGAAGCUUGAGGAGCUUCGCUUCGCAGUAGGCUACAAGACCAUCUCGAGUGACAUAGAGACAGACGACUAUCAGCUUGCUCCCAAUCCAUCAGGCUUUCUGUUGGAAGCUCUAUUCAAGUCAAGGCGCGACUUCGGAGUGGACAGCACACCUGCUAUCAAGCAUCUGCUCGACAGUCUAUGGGGUAGCAUGGUCAACAAGAACGAGUAUUACUCUGGCGCGAGUUGGGAAUACGUAAAGCCUGAUGGUUCACCUGGUAUCGAUCUCUUCACUAGCUUAGCGCAUCCGUGGGGUGCAGCUCCGACGUAUGUACUGCCAGAGUACCUUCUUGGCGUCGCUCCAACCUCUCCCGGGUACGAAACGGUUCUUAUCACUCCCAUGAUAGGAUUGCUGGAUCAGUAUGAAGUCAGCGGGACGGUGCCGACACCCAACGGACCGAUCAAGGUGGCGUGGACGUUGAGCGGCAAGAGCGUUGCUUUCACGAUUGUUAUACCGACUGGUACGGCAGCUACACUACAAUUGCCAGCUGGCGCGACUGCGGUCGGCAGGAGCUUGCGCAAUGGACAACUUGAGCUUCGUUGUGGAACGAUGGGAUUGAGAAUAGAUAUGGAGAGCGACUCAUAG